AUGUCGUUAACCAGCAACGAACUCAACUACUUGGUAUGGCGCUACCUCCAGGAGUCUGGCUAUGACUUGGCAGCUUACGCGCUCGACAAGCACUCCAGUUGUCUGGACUACGAAAGUGCCGCCAACCAGCACAUCAUCGACAAGUUCCGUCCUGGGUGCUUGGUGGAGUUGGUCCAGAAAGGUAUCCUCUACUCGGUGGCACAGGAGGAAGCAGAGACUCACGGCAAUGGCAGCAGCGAGCUGAACUUCUCGCUCUGGAAGGUGUUGAUCAGCGAAGACGUCGCUAAUGUUAGUGAAGAGACGGACUCGCCAGCACCGUUGACUCUCAAGUCGGCAGUGGCCAACGGCGACGUGGAGAUGGCAGACGCUGCCGAAGACGCCCAGGAAGCUGCUGAAGACGUGCACGAGCCUGUGGCCUUCCACACGGCCGAAAUCGUGCCAGAAAUCAGGUUUGACGAGAGCUUGGUCGCAGAUUGGCACCCCACCACCCCCGUGUUUGCCUACGGCAAACAGGACUCGGUGGCAGUGAUCAACGCCAUCAAGGACGGACGUGUGGCGGAGUCGGUGACGUUGAGCCACCCCCAGGUGUUGAACGACCGCAACGAAAUAAACGUGGUGUCGUGGUCCCCCCAGGGCAAUCUCAUCAUCACUGCCGGCAUCAACGGCGAGCUCCGCGCUUGGUCGCCUGACGGCAAGCUCAAGAACAUCGCCAACACGUUUAGUGGCGACAUCUCGCCCGAGGACGCCAUCCAGCUGCCCCCACCCUCGCUCAUCUCCAGCUUGAUCUGGAACCACAACGGCCAGUUGUUAUUGUCGCUCGACUGCAACAAUCAGGUCAGCCUCUGGGACGGCACCACUCUCAGCCUCAUCAAGCAGAUCAGGCCCCCCGAGGCGGCAGACUCCUCGUUAGUCAUCGACGCCUGCUGGUUGGACGAAAACAAGUUUGCGGUGUCCACAACCAAGUUCUCGAUCAAGAUCUACUCCAUCACUCACCAGCCGUUUGGCGGCUCUCCAGACGUCCACACCAUGGGUUACCUCAACGGCCAUGAAAACAGCAUCUCCAUCCUCAAGUUCAACCCCCAGUCCAAGCUCUUGGCCUCGUGCUCCGACUACAACUACGCCAUCAAGGUGUGGAGCCGGGGCUCCUCGCAAGAAUGCUUAGAUUUGAACAAAAAGUCCGACCUUUACAAGAACCAUACCUCGCCGUUGAUCGACUUGCACUGGUUGUCCAAGCACCACGACGACAGCAUCUUGCUCACGGUUUCCAUGGACGGGGUGUUGAACAUCUGGAACGCAAGCAACGGUAACAACUUGAAGAGUGUUGAUUUGUUCAAGAACGAGGCCAACUUCAGAGUCGAUGAAGACAGUCCUGUUUCCCACCGCCGCGACUUGUUAGUGUUCACCACUGCUCUCUCACCCGACCUCAAAUUGUUGGCAGUAGGCGAUGAUCUUGGAAGAGUCACCGUGUGGGACCUUUCGCUUUCGGGACCUAAGGACCUCUUGCGGUGUCUAGGGAUUUAUCACUUUGAAGUCCAGGAGAACAAGGACGCAAAGGAUGGCAAUACUGGCAUUUGUGACUUGAAAUGGGACAGUAGCUCCAAGCAUAUAUGUGUUUCUUACAAGGGCACUCAGAGUGUGAUUUUCAAGUGGGACACGCCAACUAAAGAGUAG